AAUUCGCCUACCACCAGGGGGCGGCAGACGCGUCAACAGAGAUCACAGAAGAAGAAACACGGAAGUCCAAAGGGAAAACAAAACAUAAAACAAGGUGUGAAGAGUUGACGGUUAUCUGCGUCCACCAUGCCAUACCUGGGCAGUGAGGAUACGGUGAGGGACCUGAAUAGAGCUCUGGCCAACCCCCACGUCCAGUCUGACCAGCUGCGUUACAGGAACGUCAUCCUCAAAGUCAUCAGGCUGAUGUCACAGGGUGUUGAUGUCUCUAGCCUGUUCAGUGAGAUGGUCAAAGCAUGUGCCACAGUAGACAUUGUCCAGAAGAAGCUGGUCUAUGUCUUCUUGUGCUCCUACGCCUCUUUGAAUCCAGAGCUGUCUCUGCUGGUCAUCAACACACUGAGGAAGGACUGUCAGGAUCCAAAUCCGAUGGUCCGCAGCCUGGCCUUAAGGAACAUGACCAACCUGAGGCUGCCCAGUUUGGUGGAGUAUGUGGAACAGCCUCUCACAGCAGGACUGAAGGACAGAGCAGCUUGUGUGCGACGGGUCGCUGUGCUCGGCUGGGCCAAACUGCACAAUCUCCAACCAAAUUCUGAAAUAGACGCAGCAGUAGUGAAUGAGUUGUACAGCCUUCUGAGGGACACGGAUCCUGUUGUCAUGGUGAACUGCCUUCGGGCUUUGGAGGAAAUCCUUAAGGAGGAAGGAGGGGUUGCUAUCAACAAACCCAUUGCUCAUCACCUCCUCAACAGGCUGAAGGAUUGCGACGUGUGGGGUCAGAGCGAGGUGCUUAAAAUCCUCCAGCGCUACCAACCUCAGUCUGAGGACGAGCUCUUUGACAUCCUGUCCAUGCUGGACGCCUCUUUGGUCAGCCCCCACCCGCCAGUCAUGGCCUCCACGCUGGGCCUCUUCCUCAGCCUGUGCUCGACCUUGCCUAAAGUCAGCCUGGCAGCCUUGGAACGAGUGCGGGGCCCACUGCUGGCCGCGUGUGGGAGCGCGUCCAGAGAAAUCAGGUUCACCGCGCUCUGCCACAUCCAGUUGCUGUUGAGGUCUGUCCCUGGCAUGAUGGGGGCCCACUACAAACGUUUCUUCUGCGGCUAUGCUGAGCCAGCCUUUAUCAAGCAGAGGAAGAUGCAGGUACUGGUCGAGUUGGUGAACGAUGACAACGUGGCAAUAUUACUGGAUGAACUGAAAGAAUACUGCACUGAUGUCAACACAGACACUGCCCAGGCUGCAAUAUCAGCUGUCGGUCGUAUUGGGCGGAGCUACAGCGACAGAUGUCUAGUGAUUCUCACUGGACUGCUCGGGCUUAAACAGGACAACAUCACAUCUGCUGUGGUGCAGACAAUGCGGGACCUUGUUUGGGUGUGUCCUCAGUGCAGUGAAACGGUGUGCUCUUCUCUGGAGGGGUGUGAGGAGAUACUGCAGGACAGCCAGGGCAAGCAGGCCUUGCUCUGGUUGUUGGGAACCUAUGGCGAUAGAGUCUGCAGCGCCCCCUACACGUUGGAGGUAUUCAUUGACAGAGUGAGGUGUGAGAACUCUCCGGCAGUCAAGAUGGAGUUGCUGACGGCCACCUUGAGGCUGUUUUUGUGCCGUCCGGCUGAAACUCAAGACAUGCUUGGAAGGCUGCUGCAUUACGCCAUUGAUGAGGAGACGGACAUGUGUGUCCGUGAUCAGGCACUUCUCUACUACCGCCUUUUGCAAUGCGGAGUUGACGAGACACGCAAGGUGCUCCAGGGUCGGAGGUCCGAUCCCUCCCUUGGCGUUCUUAUUGGCCGUCCGGCAGAACCUGUAAGCCACUGGGCUCCCAUCUUCAACACUCUGAAGCCUCUCUGGCAAAGCACCUCGGAGACAGACUCAGUAAACAGCAGAAGCUCUCAACACACAGCAUUUGACCCCAUCUCUGACCUCUCAGAAACCCUGAACUCAUGUCAUCUUCAAAGUGUUCAGACAGAGGGUGUCACCGAGCACACGCCAUUGCCUGCAGACGCCCCGUCGCCCAGCGCCAUCGUCCCUCUCAGCCUGCUACCUACUUUAACUGCAGGAGAGUUUGAGCGUCUGUGGCUGCGAGGUGUGGAAGAAGAGGAUGGUGUUUGUAUGACAGAGCACGUCCGGUGUUGCAAUGUCACUCAGUGUUCGCCUCAAAACUUUCAGGCUGCAAUGCAGCUUGUCAACAUUCAGACGCUGGCUUUCACACCACCACACACACUCCCCUGGAGGGUUUUCCUGUACACGCACACCGAAGCCCCGUCCUCCAGCACACUCAUACUGGGAGAGUUACUUUAUACUGGGAAGGCAAACGAAGAGGCAGGAGAUGCACAGGAGGACACUAUAGAUGGUGAGAAUGCAAAUAAAACUGUGGUGGAAGGAGGAAUAGAGAGACGGGUACGUAAUGAAGAGAAAGACUCAUCGGGAAAGAGAGACAGCAACGAGUUGGCAAAGGACAACGGACAGAUCGAAGAAGUAAAGGAAAUGCGACGUCAUUCAAAGAAGAAACAUGCAGUGUUGCUCUUGCUGCUCCUUGCGGGGGGCUUCUACUUGGUGCGCUAUUCACACUCAUUCAACACUGACCCAAACAGGUCAGAGGAACCAAUGAACAUCACAUGGAAGGCAGAAAGGAUGGUCAGUAUGGAGUCAUGGGUGGAGCAAGGAGAUUACCUGCCUCUCAAUGUGACCUAUCAACUGCUUGCAGGGAUACCAGUCACUCAAAUGAGGUAUCUAUGCAUUGGACUAUCGUCGGUGAAGAGGAAGAAGGACAACUAUCUGAUCCCCACGUUAGUGUCCCUCUUCUCCCGAUCAUCUCCCGAAGAGCGCUCCUCCAUGGUGGUUGUAGUUCUGCUGGCAGAUUUCGAUGUCAACUGGCUGACGACCACAGUGACGAAAAUAAAAUCGGAAUUUUCAUCAGCACUAGAGCUAGGUCACCUGCUGGUCAUUCAUGUCCCUGAGGAAAACUAUCCACCGACUACAGGUUUAAAAAGGAACUACAAUGAUUCUCCUGCGAGAGUAUCAUUCCGCUCCAAGCAGAACCUGGAUUACGCUUUUCUUGUGCACUACAGCUCAGGUGUGGGCAGAUACUACCUCCAGCUGGAGGACGACGUCUCCUCCGCAAAGAACUUCCUCACAACCGUAAAAAAGCGCGUGGAGGAGCAAGAAGCUAAGAAGACGACCUGGGCAAUGCUGGAGUUCUCCAACCUUGGCUACAUUGGCAAACUCUACAAGUCGGCCCACCUCCCUCUGCUGGCACGUUUUCUCUUCCUCUUCUACCAAGAAAUGCCUUGCGACUGGUUGAUGUCUCACUUUCGAGUCCUGCUGACUCAGAAGGAGCCCAUCCUUUUCAAGCCUUCCUUAUUCCAGCACAUGGGGACUUUCUCUUCAUUCCAAGGGAAUGAGAACAAACUAAAGGACAAGGACUUUGAGGAGGGGGUCUACUCCAAUCCUCCAGCGGAGGUUUUCUCUGACAUGUCUACCUACGGGAAACACUUUCCCAAACUAGCCUGGGAGGCCGGGGAAGGAUUCUUCUGGGGUCGCACCCCAGAGAAAGGCAACCAUUUAACUGUGGUGUUUACAGACCCAAGAGUGGUGACAGGAAUAACUGUUGAGACUGGGUCAGAGGGGAAAGAUAUUUUGGGCUCAGCGCAGGUGGAAAUAGGACGCAGUGUGAUCACCACUGCAAAUGAGGAGAAAUCGUGCAAAGAUUUUCAUAAGUUGGGAUCUAUGAAGAAUGGUUGGUUUGUGAUGCAAGGAGUAGAUAAAAACUAUGGAUCCGCUUCUUCGUGUUUGAGGAUACAAGUUACAGCUGGGCAGAAAGAUUGGGUCGUCAUUAGCAAAAUCAGGAUCGCAACGAAGCCCAGCUCACCUCCACAAAUGUGAAUUGGUGUUUUGGACCAUACUGAGCGGUGAUGUUCAAUCACUGAGCAAAGGAAAACUUCAAACGAAGGCGCAGUACCUCAAGAAAAAUAGACAUUGUCAUUUUUUUGUAAACAAGCCGCUAGUGCAAAGGUAUUUUGACAUCUUUAUUUUUUUUUCAUAUCAAUUUGUUUCACCUGACUCGGUAUAUUUGAUUUGACUUGACACGAUUGAAUGUAAAUGCAAGCCAAUGUGCCUGUUUAUCUUGAGACAUUAGCAGAUUUCAACCUCUCUUGAGCUGUACUCACAGCAACAAGAAGAAAAAAGUACAGAAUUGUCAAGAGAAUAAUAUAAUAAUAUAUAGUAAUAAUAAUGGCCAGAGCUUUUUACUGAUGCUUGAUGGGUCCAAAAAAACUUAUGGUUCAUUUGUCACUGACUGAAAGAAAGUUUGAUACAUUUGUAUAUGAAAUCUAUGAGAUAAUAUAUUAAAGUAUUGUACAGCA